GUGAUCCGCGAGUUGCUUAAACCAGAACGUUUGCAUUUGUGAUUCCAAUGGAGUGGUCAGUUUUAUCGAAAUAGACUUGAAAAUUCUUUAAGAUUUUUUGAUGAUAAAAAUAUCGUUAAUAGUUAAAGAAUCAGUGAUUUCGUUUUAUAAAGUGAUCAAUAAAUAAUUAAAUAAGGAAUAGAAACAAAAAAUAAAUAAAUAAAAGAAAUUAUUAAAAUGUUUGUUAACAUGUUUGAAAAUGUUGAAAGUUAUGUUCAAAGUAGUCUUGUGGUGCAAUUUUUUCAAAUGAUAUUCACGCGAUUUUCGCCAUUAACAGUUCUUUUGACAACGACUGUAACAAUUUGGCUUAUAAAUUAUAAUCGUAGAAGAUCAAGGUUGGUUAGACUAAUAGAAAAAGUUCCUGGGCCACCUGCGCUACCAUUUGUCGGAAAUGCUAUUGAAAUUAAUGUGGAGCCUGAUGAGGUGUUUGCACGUUUAACUGGCGUCCGCAAACUGUUUGGUCGUCGUCAAGGAAUUUCGCGAUGCUGGAUGUUGUCAGUACCUUAUGUUAUGAUUUCAAAGCCCGAAUGCGUUGAGCCAAUAUUAAGCAGUCCCAAACAUAUCGACAAAAGCUCUGACUACUCGUAUCUCCAUCCCUGGCUGGGAACAGGCUUACUCACAAGCUUUGGAAGUAAAUGGCAUUCACGGAGAAAAAUUUUGACACCAGCAUUUCAUUUCAAGAUUCUCGAGGACUUUAUCGAUAUUUUCAAUGAACAAAGUUCUAUUUUGGUUAGAAAGCUAUCAAAAGAAGUGAAUAAAGAUUCAUUUAACAUCUUCCCUUAUGUGACAUUAUGCACCUUAGAUAUAGUUUGUGAAACUGCAAUGGGACAAAACAUCAAAGCACAGAGCAAUAGCGAUUCUGACUAUGUUAAAGCAGUCUACGAGAUUGGUUCUGUUGUUCAAAAGCGGCAAGCCAGGUUUUGGAUGCAAUCAGACUUUAUUUUUAAGCUGACCGAAGACUACAAAACACAUGAGAGAUGUUUAAAGAUUUUGCACGGUUUCUCAUAUGGCGUGAUUCGUGAGCGUAAAGAACAAAUGAAGACAGCAGAAUUGUUGAGAAAGAAUAAAUUUGACCAAAAUAAUAACAAACUGUCAGUUGACGAAAAUGGAAACAAUACCGGAAUGUUCGAUGACGAAGAGAGUUUCGGUAAAAAGAAAAGACUUGCUUUUCUUGAUUUGUUGAUAACAGCAUCAGGAAAUGGAUCGAUUUUGAAUGACGAAGACAUCCGUGAAGAAGUUGAUACGUUUAUGUUUGAAGGCCACGACACAACAUCAGCAGCAGUUUCGUGGUGUUUAUUUUUGAUAGGAAGUAAUUUAAAUAUUCAAGAGAAAGCUUUACAAGAAAUUGAUGAAGUUAUGGGGGGCGACCGUGACAGAGCUCCAACAAUGAAAGAGUUAAAUGAAAUGAAAUAUUUAGAAUGUUGCAUCAAAGAAGCUUUGAGGCUUUACCCAAGUGUUCCACUUAUAGCUCGACAUCUUAAAGAAGAUGUUAUGAUUGAUAAAUAUCUUAUCCCAGCUGGUACAACAGCAAUGAUUGUCACCUAUCAACUUCAUCGCAAUCCAGAGAUCUUUAAGAAUCCUGAGCGCUAUGACCCAGACCGUUUUCUGCCAGAGAAUUGUAUUGGCAGACAUCCUUAUUCUUACAUCCCAUUCAGUGCUGGUCCAAGAAAUUGUAUCGGACAGAAGUUUGCAAUUUUGGAAGAGAAAGCAAUAAUCUCAUCGGUCCUUAGAAAGUAUAAAAUUGAAGCAGUAGAUCGUCGUGAAGAUCUCACACUGCUUGGUGAACUGAUACUUCGACCAAAAGAUGGAUUAGCAGUUAAAAUAACAGCAAGACAGUAACUUUAUGAGAAUAAGUUUAGAAAAAUUGCCAUCGAUUUCUUACAUAAAUUCAUUUUUAUCAUUUUAUUAAUCUUGUUGCAAUCAGCAUUAUCAUUAUAGUUAUUUAAAUAUAUUUGUCAUAGUACUAAUGAUUAGAUGAAAUCUUAUAGAUGAAAGGUUAAUCUGUUUUGCUAUCUUAAACUCAUUCAUGCACAC